CAUCAUUAGAAAUCAUUACAAACACUAUGACACCACAGACAGAUAACGAUAAAUUAUCGAAAGUUCUCAGCCUAUUUUUACUCCCGAAUUACAAUGUCGUAUCAACGACGUAUUUAGAUUUGUUAUUAACACACAUAGCGAACCAGCAAAAGUGCGAGCAAGAAGAUAACAUUCGUCGGACUUUGCUGAAAAAAUGGGUGAUUGAAGCAGUAGAAGUUUGGAACAAUGCAGGCGUCAAGCCCUGUCAAGCUGUAACUGUAUUCACCAUCAAACUUGUUGGACUAAUAUCACAAGAUGAAAAUGAUUUUGAUUGUCUUGAGAGUGCGAGUGUUUUUGAGAAGUUGUCUGCACUUUUCCAGUUUCAAAAAGAUGAUCUCUCAGCGUCCAUUAAAAUGGCAUAUACGUCAAUGCUCUCGGACAUUAUCUCUCAUAAUAUUGGAAGACGUUGGGUCAUAACAAAGAGUCUCUGGAAAGACAUUGUAAAAUUUGCACAACUAAACCACACAAUGUACGUGACAAGAGAGAGUCAUCGAUUUAUUUACACAAUACUCAAUAAGGAAUCUCAGAAUAAGGAAUUUUGCAAAGAUGUAAUUCUAACAGUAUCAGAUCCACUGAUCAAAUAUUCGGGAUUUUCUCAAGUCCAUGCAGCUCUGGAAGAACUUUACAUGGACCAAAACGCACUCCUGUGUACGACGUUGGAUUUAAUAACUAGUAUUAUCGAGAAUACAAUGUUUACGAGCCUGGAGAAUGAUAUAACAGACAGAAUUGAGGCCCUCGUCGACCUGGACAAUCGCUUGAGAGCACUCACUGAGGCGUGUAUAAGCACAAAGUUUCUUAAACAUAUCCUUAAGUUGUGGGUCUUUUUGUCUUUCCAAAUAGUCAAGGGUGGAGCUAGGAUGGAUGGGCCGCUGGUUGAUUGUGAAACGUGGAAAAAAUUCAGUGAUCGAUAUUGCUAUAUUCAGACUCUUUUAAUAGGGAAAAAAUAUAUACUCGAGCUUGUAGGGUUGCAGAAGAUGACACUGCUGUACUGGAAGAAACUCAAUGACAUCAAGGAGAUAAAAUCGUCCUCUGAACAUCAAUUGGAAUAUCAAUCAAUGGCCCUGAUGAUAACACCUCUAGGAACGACCAUGAGAUACAAUAAUAUGAAGCACGAGUUUUUCAAAAUGUUUGUUGAUAAAUUAUUCGAUGUUACAUGGCAGCCGGUACAAAGGCUAGUUUAUUUGGUCCGAGAUGUUAUGUUGAAGGAGAAUUUACCGGUUGAACAAAUAUGUAAAUCAUCGAUCGAGAUGAUUCUCGAGACGAUUAACGUUAUUGAAAGGGGGGUGGCAGUCAUCGCUUUUCAAAGCAUGUGUUAUGCUCUGAAAAAUUACAUACCAAAAGAGAAUAACUGUGAAGCUUGGGAAAUGCCGAAUACUCACAGUUCCCACGAUUUGCCGAAUGAAAAUAGAAGAAAACCUCCACCCAACUCAUUAUUCAAUGGAGAUCCAGUUGUCGACAAUCCUAUGCUGCUCUCCACAUUGCUCCAUGGACUAGCUGUUCUCACCCAAAAGUUCCAAUUCAAAUGGCAGGACUGUGUUGAGACCAUAUGUCUUUUUUCACUUGCACAAGAGAUCUUGAAUCACACAGGGACACUGCCAUGUCUGUGUGUAAAAGCUCUUCAGAUUUGCAAGCUCGCUAUCCAGAACUUUAUGCCACCAAAUUUAGCCUUAUUAGUUGAAUGCGACAGUCACAUGAGUGGAAUUGGUCAAACAUUAUUCAAAAGAUUGCACGAUCCCAACUGGGAAGUCCGUGACAGUGUUUUGGAAGUCCUAAUCACAAUAGCAGAGAUAUCUGAAGCUAAAUACCCCGCGUUUCAAGAAUUCUUACUUGCGAAUGAUUUUCUACCAGUCAUCACAGACGUUGCCUUAAUGGAUGGCGAGAGUUACGUCCGGGCAUCGGCAGUUAAAUUCAUCUCCACAACAAUUCGGAUAAACAAACUCUGGGAUGACAGUCUGUCGAAAAUGGAUCUUCCAGAUAAAUUCAUCAACUUAUUCAAGAACGAGAGUGAAGCAAUUGUGAGGAGAGAGGCUGUGGAUUUGAUAAAAGAACUGUACGUGUACAGAAAAUGGUCAAAACCUACGAUUGAUUUAAUGAGUGCUGCAAUGGCCGAGGCUGCAGUACUGGAUCUUCAUUGGGAGGUCAAAGUAAAUGCUCUAAAUUUCUGGAAACACUUCAUAAAGUCGCACUUCACUGACCAGGGAAUGCUGGACGGCUCAUUCCCAAAUGUCACCUUCUCCAAGGAGCAUAGGAAGAUUGUUCAACUCAAUGACUGCGAGAUCAAACGUCGAUUGAACAAGGCGCUGGAUGAUGUGGCCAAGCAGAGGUGCCUCGGAGUCCUUCUCGUUACCCUGAAGGAUGACAGUGACUUUGAAGUUUCAAGGUCUGCAGCUGAUAUCAUCAAGAAACUUCAAAUUUACAUACUCAAGUAUAAACUCAAUGACCCAAUCAUCGAGAAUAAUCGAGCACCCAAGGACAGUGCUAUAAUUGAUUCUUCCUACAUAAAACCGCAAAUACAAUCCUCUAGGUCCUCGACAAAUAGUUCACCAGAAAAGCUAGCUGAUAUUAUCGAUGAAAUUGUCAAUGAAAAUGAUGCAGAGCUUCUGACAUCAAUCUAUCAGAGUUCCAUGAGAAUGGAUACAGACGCUGAUCUCACGAAAAAAACUACUCUGCAGAGUUUGUCUCAAGUUACGAGGGAAAAUUUUUUGAAUGUUGUCGUUAGCAUGGAUGUCGAUAAAUACAUCCAGGAGAAACAACAAUGGCUUAAGAACUAUACAGUUUGUUUUGAUUCAGUUCUUGAGGACAUACUCACUGUUUACGAACAGGACGGAAUGAAUUCCAUGGAUUGCUACUAGAAUCCCAUUUCUGUUGCCUAUGUGUAGGUAACUGAUAAUAUUAUUCAUACACUAGUUUAGGUAAUUAUCAUCUAUUGGUGGGUUGGGAGUGCACAGUACUUUCACUUAUAUCCAGUCUACUUUGUCGCAAAGAAUUAUUUUGCAUAGCAAUGAUGAUGAUUCUUCUCACCUUAAAGGUUUAUCUGUAUUUCAGUUAUAUUGUUAAAUAAAAAUCAAAAGAAAAGUAUUGGAAAAAUGUUUAUUUAUUACGAAAAUAACCAAUUCCUUACUCUAAUCUAUGGCAUCAUGAAUUUAAAUGUAAUAUGUUUAUGGAAUUAUAUUCCUUUGAAUUUUAUGGACAUACGAAAGUGUAGCCAUUUAAAUGAUAAUUAUCCCCCUAAAUUUCCAUCACUUAGAGAGGUUUUUAUCUUCCUGUAUUGAAAAUUGAAUUGAUAUCCAUCAAUUGAAGAAUCAACAGCCAUAGUUUGUAGAAAAUGAAAUUAUCUUUAAGUUCAAUUAUCUCAUCGCGAGAAAAAUGAGAAAAUACUUCAAAAAUUCUUAUUAUCAAAAUGAAGUCCUAAUAUUUUACAUGAAAUCACAGCCCGUUCCUUUGUACGUUCUCUAUCAUAUUCUGAAUACGUUUUAAUAAAAGAAAAAGUAGAAAAGAAAACGGAUAACAUGUUAUAUACUCUUUAUAAAAAAUCUGAGCACUCCGAUACCCUUAUAAAUACGGAACAAUGGCCUAGAAAAGCUAUAGUCAACCAGAAAUUACUCAACAAUUUGAAAAAUAUGGUGAAUUGUUGAAUGGAACGGACUCAAGCACCUGCUGAGAUCCAUUGGCAUUUCCCUCACUUUUCUUCUCGACAAAAACCAGUGGAUUCCACUGGAAGCUGCCAGUUUCAGCAUCAAAGAUGAGAGCACUCUCACAGUUCAUAAUGUCCUGGGGCAUUACUGGGGAGUGCAGCUUAAUCGGUUGGACAUUCUCGAACGAAUUACCUCCCGGCAGAGUAUCGCCAGUAUCAAGGGAAAUACUUUCCUCGCUCUUAGAUGCCCAGAUAUUGACAGUUUCUAAGUUUUCCGGUACCGAAAUCUUCGGCAGAAGAUCCUGAAUUCUUUUCUCAACGUUAUUGAUCUCCGGCUUUCUCAUCGGUUUCCGGAUCGGCUGUCUGUUGUCUCUUUUGGGGCGAUUAGUACCAUGUCUUUUCUCAUUCAAUCGUUUGCGUUUUAUUUUUGAUUGAAUCGGACCUUUAAGCCUGAUCAGGUCCUCACACAGACCAUUUGCAGAGCUGAGAAAUUUUGCGUGAGAACCAUGUGCCUCAAUGGAAGAACUCUGUUUGACCAGAGGGUUGAGAGGAGCAGUAAUUAUUGUGGAACGAGUGGCAGCGAUCAGGGGCAGUCUCAGUGGCACCUGCUUCUUGGGAAUUUUCUUGCGAUUUUUUCCAGGCGUUCCAGUAGAUUCUGCCUCAUUCUUUUCGAUCUUCACAACCACCUCGUCUGGCCUCAGGGGGGUGGGCGUGAACGUCUGGCAAUUAUUCUCAAUAUUUGUCGCCUUAUCA